CAUGAGUAGGACUAUUGGUUUGGACAUCUAUAUAUAUUGCCCUCAACAGAUUAGAAUCACAUAAAAGGUGCUGCAAAAUCUAAGGCGGAAUUGAAAUCCUUCUCUUACAAUAAAGAGAAUCUAUAAUAGCUACAAUGGUUGAGUUUAUGACCAUUAUUUUAGCUUUCAUUUCAAUCUUAACCUUUGCUUAUCUUGUUAAAUAUCUUAGCAACCAAGGUUCUUUACACAAAUUACCCCAUGGAACUAUGGGGUGGCCAUUCAUUGGAGAAACUCUUAAAUUCCUCAAGCCUCAUAGAUCAAACUCCUUAGGAAGCUUCUUACAAGAACGUUGUUCUAGGUAUGGCCGAGUUUUCAAGUCGCAUUUGUUUGGCUAUCCCACCAUAGUUUCAUGUGACUUUGAGCUCAACAUGUUUAUUCUUCAAAAUGAAGGGAAACUAUUCCCAGUUGAUUACCCUAAGGUAAUGCACAAAAUCUUAGGGAAAUAUGCUUUACUUCUUGUCACAGGAGAACUUCACAAGAAGCUAAGAAGCACUGUAAUCAGUUUUGUUAGUGCAUCAAAGUCUGAAUCCAACUUCCUUCAUUUUGUUGAAAUGCUUGCACUCUCAAGGAUUAACUCAUGGGGUUCAAAUUGUAAACAAGUUGCUUUCUAUAAAGAAGCUAAAAGGUUUUCCAUUAAUGUUAUGCUUAAGCACCUUCUGAAUAUCAAUCCUGAUGAUCCCCUAGCCGUCAAGAUUUUGGAGAACUUUGAGAAUUAUAUAAAGGGCUUCAUUACAUUGCCAAUAAAUAUUCCAGGGACUACAUACUCCAAAGCUGUGAAGGCUAGAAUAAGACUCUCAUCUAUUAUCAAUGAUAUUAUAAUAGAGAGGCGUAAAGUUAAUAUUGCUGGACCUGUGGAAGGAGGGGACCUCUUGAAUUUGAUUUUAUCAAAGCAGAAUUUAAGUGAUGAAGAGAUGGUGAGCAUUGUUAUGGACCUUUUGUUUGGGGGAUAUGAGACAACCUCAAAACUUCUGUCUCUGAUUGUCUAUUUCCUUGAGGGUGCCCCUAAUGCUUUGGAAAGCUUAAAGGAAGAGCAUCAAGUGAUAAGGAAAAGUAAAUUGGAAGGGGAGCUAUUGAACUGGGAGGACUAUAGGCAAAUGCAGUUCACUCAAAAUGUGAUUAAUGAAGCUAUGAGAUGUGGGAAUGUUGUCAAAUAUCUGCACAGGAAAGCUGUUCAAGAUAUCAAAUUCAAAGAGUUUGUGAUACCAGCAGGGUGGAAGGUUCUUCCUGUCUUGUCAGCAUCACAUUUGGAUCCUAACCUUUUGGAAAAUCCAUUAGAAUUCAAUCCCUAUCGAUGGAAUGAUGAAAAUUCGACCAGCAAGAAAGUUGCACCAUUUGGUGGUGGUCCACGUCUAUGUCCUGGUGCUGAUCUUGCUAAAGUGGAAAUAGCAUUCUUCCUUCAUCAUCUUGUCCUUAAUUAUAGGUGGAAAAUGAAGGCAAACGAUAACCCAAUUGCUUUCCCUUACGUGGAAUUCAAAGGAGGGCUGUUGUUGGAUCUUGAACCUACCGGCACUACUCUUCGGAAACACUCUUGAAUGCUAUUUAUGCUAUUUGGCCUUUACUAAAUGUAUGUACUAGAAUAACCCAAACAUAUUGUAACAAAGAAACUAAAAUAUCACUGGGUGGGUUGUUAAGUAUAUAAGAUUAUAGGCAAGUAUUUACCUUCAUAUAUGUAACAAUGACUAGUGUAUGGUGUAACAUCUUAUUUUUCGACGGUAAUUAUUAAAUAAUAAGAAUAUAUUUAAGGUUAAA